CCAGCCCGGUUAUGACAGGUAUUCACUUUUAUUCAUUUAUACUCCAAACACGGAUCUGUCGAAGCCUCUCGAUGUCUUAUGCUGAAUUCGUCGUUGUCUAAACGCUGUCGUUCUCUCUGUCACGAAGGACGCAUUUGAUGGAUGUGAAGCAUGGCGUCCUGCUCAGAGAUCUGUGGCUCGGAUUACGCUGAGCAGAGCCAUGGCGCCCUCAGCAGCGGUCACCAGGGUUACGGGGUGCGUUCCUACCUGCACCAGUUCUACGAGGAGUGCACCGCUUCCAUCUGGGAGCGCGAUGAAGAUUUCCAGACACAGAGAUCGCCGAGCCGCUGGAGCUCUGUGCUCUGGAAGGUCUGUCUCGCGCUGGGUGCUCUGAUUCUGGUGGCGGGGUUGUCCGUGCUGCUGGUGGGCUACGCUACGCCGCCUCGACUUGAAGCAUUCGGAGAAGAUGAGCUGCUGUUUGUGGACGGCCGCGCAGUGCGCUUCAACCGGGCCUUGGAUGCCUGUAAGCUGGCCGGAGCCGUUCUGUUCUGCGUGGGCGGCAGCGGGAUGGCGGUGGGGCUGCUGCUGGCCGCCUGCUCUCAGGGCAGCUCCAAGGAAGAGCUUCAUCUGCAGCAGCGCUUCAAAGAGCGGCUCGUCGAGAUCCAGGCCUCCGUUCAUCCCGUCACCCGCGCUCCCACCCCAGGAGAGGCCAAGGUGCCCGUCACGCUCUCCAAGGUGCAGAGUGUCCAGCCCGGAGCGGAAACCUGACCUCUUAAGCGUCCGACGCUUCCGUGCAAAACAAAACAACAGUUCCUUGAACAGUAGAGAUAGAUAACACUGCACUUUCUCUGGCGCAUAUCAUUCUUCUAUGUUGAGCGAGAAUAUUGAGAGUAUUUACGGCGAUUAGCGUAAGCAUACCCUGUCGAUCAUCACUGGUGCUCCUGAAUACAGACACACAGCACAAAUAUACUCGCGUGCUACGGCUAGGAAUCAGAACACCUUUAGGCAGCUGUUUCGAAGAGCAACAUAUUCUUCAGAGGCGUCAAGGCAUGUGCGUAUUAAUACCGAAUAAGCAAGAAUAGUUUCUCUAUUAUAGUGAACCCAAACACAGCCUCUCACAAUUUCCAUCGUGUUAUAUGAGAAAAGUCACUCAGUAAAACGCAUAAACAAGUAGAACGGAGGCCUGCGCGUUAGCGGCUAAUUCAUCACUGCUGCCUCACUAACAUUGUCAACAGAAACUACAAUGAUUUGUCAUUGCUCAUUCAGAAAGUGUCACGUUGGUUCAUUGCCGUCACCUAAGGUGCAAUUUUUCUCCCAAUCUCUCCUAGCGAACGCUUCGCACUCUAUUGCUACAGUCAAUCAAUAGUUUGCUGACAGAACGCAAUGCGUUCCGAGCCACAAUUUCACACAUCUCAAUACCACGCAUCAGUUCUGUUCAGAUACAUCACCGCCGCGAUGUCUAGGAGUGAAAAUAGAUUAUGGUUUAGAUGCGCCUGUGGGAUUAUGUAAUAUCCUUUCAUUGUGUUGCGCAUCAUUCUUGCUCCAGCCUCGCUUUCCUCAAGAGGCCGUUAAGCACAGUCACUGUCUGGAGGUAAUUACACUCAUCGCAGCCGAGCCUAUUAAGACUUUCCAUACGCUAGUGCCACCUUUUCUUUCUGUCUGCUUCUCUUGUUUUGUGUUUCUCUUUGGCUUCCUGGUAGAGUCAUUGCUUUGCUUUUGUUCCCAGAGUUUCUCUGUAAGUACAGUAUUUGUGCCAGUCAUUCCUAAAAACAUUUAUUUUGUGCUGGUAUUUGCAUCUUAUUAUUCUUAUAUUUUUUACUUUGAUUGAUUAGUGCAAAUGUUGCAUGAUCACAGUGAAACAUAAACUAGUUUCAAGAAGGUUGAUAAGAAUGAAAAACUCUCACCGUUGCUUCUGAGUGUAAUCUUUUGUGUUAUUAUUGAUUAUGAAUUAUCAUUGAACAUAUUGCAUAUGCAUUCAGAUGUUUGAAAAUGACGAGGCUUGCUAAUGAAUCUCUCGCACCAAUCACUGGGUAUUUAACAAUAAAAUCUCUCGGACAAGCCUAGAUGAAGUCUAAAAAUAUAACAUUUAUAAUUAUAUAUAUAUAUAUAUAUAUAUAUAUAUAUCUAUAUCAGCUGCUUCAAUAAUUGGUUAUUCUUGUUUAAACUGACAUAUAUGGAUGUGUUUUUGGAGGUGUGUCGAUUACAAUGCUGGUAAUCGUCUCAAACUGUCAAAUCCUCUGGUUUGGUUUGUCCGUCUGCUCUUGGGAAGGAGACAGACGGUAUCUGAGCUAUUCUUACUCUUGGAACGUGUAUUUUUCAGCAAACAGAAUAAAAAUAACUGUUUGUUACCGUCA